AUGGCAGAAGCAGCCGGAUUUACCCCGCCGUCGAUGGAUUGGCAAGCCGCAGAUUUACCUGAUGAAUUCGAGCGGUUCCAACAAUACUGCCUUCUAGUUUUCCAAGGGCCCUUUUCCGACAAGUCCGACAAGGAAAAGGUCGCCUAUGUCAUGCUAUGGAUCGGGAGAACUGGUGUUGAUGCUUUCAAUAGUUUCGAGUGGGAUAAUGCAAGCGACAAAUCCAAAGUAGCUGCCGUCUUCAAGAAAUUUAAUAAGCAUUUGCAGCCACGGGUAAAUGCACGACUGGCUCGGUUUGAGCUUCAGAAAUACCGCCAGCAACCCGACGAGUCUGUAGAUGAUUUCUUUGCGAGGUGUAAGAAGAAGACGUCCAAGUGCAAGUUCAGGGACGCUCAGGAGACUAACGAUCGCCUGAUAGAACAGCUAAUCGUGGGGACGAAGCACUCGAAAGUGCAAGAACGCCUGCUGGAGGGUGGUAGUGAUUUGACUCUGGACGAAGCGCUUGACAAGGCCCGUACUUAUGAAGCAACACAGCGCCACAUGGAGCAGCUGUCCACCGCCACCAGCAGCAGCCGUCUACCUGAAACGGUUCACGCCAUUUCCAAAUCUGUGGGACACGCAGACUGCGGCAAAUGUGGACGAACCCACCACCCAAGCAAGUGCCCAGCGCACGGCUCCACCUGCAACAAAUGCGGGAAGGCGAAUCACUGGGCAAACGUAUGCCGUUCGCAGGGGAGAGACGAGGCACAUGGAAGGGGCCAGCAACGCGGACGCUGGCGCCAGAGGAGCCCCAGCCCGCGGGAGCGCUACCCCCAGAGGAGCCCCAGCCCACGGAGACGCUUCGACGCACUGCAUUUCGACGCCGUCAUCAUCGACAGCGUCGAGCGUCACCAACCGCCACUAGAGCGAGAGGUGUUCGCGACCCUCAAUGUCAGCCUGGACAACACCAACAGACCGGCCACCUUGAGAGCCAAGGUGGAUACGGGCGCCCAGGGCAAUAUAUUGCCGCUGAGAGUGUUCUGCCAAAUGUUUCCCCAGCACGUCGGACCAAACGGAUACCCAAAGCCGAAGUCCGUGAAGCCGUCAAGUACCACCCUCACAGCGUACGGCGGAUCCAAGAUAAAGCAAUGCGGAACCCGUCCUAUUCCGUGCUCUUACGAUGGCAAGAGUCAACUCGCUGACUUCUACAUCACGGACUGCCCUGGCACUGCUAUCAUCGGCCUCCCGACAGCGACAGUCCUGCAGUUAGUCACGCUGAACUGCGCUGUCCAGGAGAAGCCAGCGAGCAUCCGAGACAAGGACGACCUGAUGAAGCAAUACCCGAAGUGCUUCGAUGGCAUUGGGAAAUUCCCAGGCAAGUACCACAUCACAGUGGACCCCAACGUCGUCCCGGUUGUACACCCUCCACGCCACCUCCACGCCAUCGCACUGAGAGACGAGAUCAAGACGGAGCUGGAGGACAUGAUCCAGAACGGCAUCAUCACCAAGAUCCAGGAAGGCGAACCAACAGCAUGGGUGAACAGCCUCGUGUUCCGCCUCAAAGACAAUGGCAAGCUACGCCUGUGCCUAGACCCCAAGGACCUCAAUCAGGCCAUCCUGCGAGAGCACCACGUGGUCUCCACCAUUGAGGAGAUCACCCCGAAGUUGAGAGGUGCCAAAGUGUUCUCGAUCGUCGACGUCAAAUGUGGGUACUGGAAUGUGGAGCUCGACGACGAAUCCAGUUACCUCACCACCUUCAACACACCAUUCGGGCGCUACAGAUUUCUUCGCAUGCCAUUCGGCCUCAAGAUGUCGCAAGAUGUCUUCCAAGCAAGGAUCGACCAGACGUUCGAAGGGUGCUCAGGCGUCACCGGCAUCGCAGACGACAUCGUCACAUACGGGACGUCAGACGAGGACCAUGAUCUCAACAUGCACCAGAUGAUGGUUCGCUGCGAACAAUCUGGUCUCAAGUUGAACCCAGACAAAUGCCGCAUCAAAGAGGACAAGAUCAAGUUCUUCGGCAUCAUCUGCAGCGCUGACGGAAUACAGCCCGACCCGAAGAAGGUCUCAGCGCUGAAGCAGAUGGAGCACCCCGAGAACGAGGACGAGCUCCAGACGUUCCUCGGGCUAGUCACGUACAUGAGCCCGUUCAUACCGAAUGCCAGCACACUGACCGCGCACCUGCGUGAGCUGACCAAGCCAGAUACACCGUUCGCCUGGACAGACAGCCACCAGCGCACCUUCGACAAGGUCAAGGCCGCCAUUUCGACAGAAGUAACGCUCAGUUACUUUGACCCAGGCAAGGCAACGACACUACAAGUCGACGCUUCCAUGAAAGGUCUCGGCGCCACUCUGCUGCAGGACGACAAGCCUGUUGCAUUCGCCAGCAAGAAGCUUACCGAGACGGAGUCUCGCUACGCCAAUAUUGAGCGUGAGCUCUUAGCUGUCGUAUACGGGUGUGAAAGAUUCCACACCUACCUAUUCGGUCAGUCAUUCACAGUAGAAUCCGACCACAAGCCGCUGGAGUCAAUCAAGCUCAAGCACCUCCGCGCAGCCCCGCCGCGUCUACAGCGCAUGCUGCUGAAGCUGCAGCCGUACGACAUGACCAUCAAGUACCGCCCCGGAAAGGACAUUCCGAUCGCAGACGCGCUAUCCCGACUGUCGCCAGAGGAAACAGAGCCAAUUGAGGACCUCGACGUCAGUGUACACGCCGUGUUCCCGCAAUUCAGCGAUGCAGCGAUGACGAGGAUCCGCGAGGAGUCGGCUAAAGACGCCGAGAUGUCAGCACUGAAGGAGAUGAUCUUCAGUGGCUGGCCAUCAGAGAGGAGCGCGGUGCCGGCAAUUCUGCUCCCGUACUGGAAUUUCCGCGACGAGAUGAGCACCGAGGACGGUAUCAUCCUGAAGAGCAGUCGCGUCCUGAUUCCCCCGCCAAUGAGGGGGGAAAUCCUCAGCAAGCUGCACGCCAGCCACCAAGGCAUAGAGAAGACCAAGCUGCGAGCCAGAACGUCCGUCUUCUGGAAGGACAUCAACAAGGAUAUCGAAGCAACUGUCUCAUCUUGCACGACGUGCCAGCGCCACCAGAGCAAAUACCUCAUUGCCGCCGACUACUACUCCAAGUACUUUAUCACCCGGAAGCUGCCUGCCGGACAAGCGACCAGCAGGGCCAUCAUCCAGCACCUCAAGGAGAUUUUCGGUGAGCACGGCAUCCCAGCCGUGCUGAAGUCGGACAACGGGCCGCAAUACAGCAGCCAUCUGUUCGCGGAGUUUGCUGCCGAAUAUGGAUUCCGCCACAGUACGUCGUCGCCACAUCACCCGCAGAGUAACGGGUUUAUCGAAUCGCAAGUCAAGAUCGCUAAGAGAGCUCUCGAGAAGGCAAGGGAGAGCGGGACCGACCCGCACUUAGCACUGCUGUGCAUUCGCGCCACCCCAGUGUGCCAGGGCUUACCGUCGCCGGCCGAGAUGCUGUUCGGUCGUCAGGUACAGGACAACCUGCCUCGCAAACACCAGCGCGACACUCGGGACGAGGCCAUCCGACAGAAGCUCGAGGAACGGCAGGACCAGCAGAAAGUACACCAUGACCAGCGAGCGCAGUCUCUCCGCCCCCUAGUUCCUGGUCAGCACGUCGGCAUCCGCAGCCCGACCACGCACCUGUGGGAACCUGGUAUCGUAACCCAGUCUGUCAACGGGCCACGGUCAUACAUGGUGCAGCCUGACCAUGGGACAGAAGUGCGGCGCAACCGUACCCACCUCAGAGAGAGGCGGGUCCACUUCCCGCCGGAUGCCAGUCUCGCAGGCCCUCAGCCGCCGAGUGACGUGCCGUCGCCGUGGAGCGACGUUAGCCAGUCUCAGCCGCCGUCACCGUGUGACGUUAGCCAGCCUGCUGAACCUGCCACCCAGCUGUAUCGAACACGGUCUGGCCGCGCAGUCGCACCCAGGUCAAUCCUGGAUGUGUAG